UAUUCACUUUCAAUAAUGAAAAAAAAAUCAUUGAUCCGAGUUGAUACACCUCAGAGUACAAUACAAUUCUUGAGAUCAUUAUCCACUGUCGAUGGGCGGACUUACAAAACAUACUAAGAUACCCCAGCUGUACAUGUUGUUAGCGCAUGUUCAACCAGGAGAAUCAAUGAAGUUAGCGGUGUUAUUGCUGUUUGGAAUUUUGGUGAUCGGUUGGAAUUGUGGCUUUGCUCUAGCGAGGCAGUAUGGAAGAAGAGAUUCACGAUCCAGAAAGCGGGAAAGAAAUUCCAAACCUGCCGUGUGUGAACUUUACUCAGGUGGCGACUCUUGUGAGCCGUAUCUCAAAGGUCAGAAGAUUUACGUUUCAAAGAAGCGUCCCCAAUCUCAUCAACAGGAAAUUAUAGAAAACAACUAUGGAUUGCUGUUUCAAUAUGUGUCUGAAAGAUGUCGAGAUUAUGUUCUUCCGGCUCUGUGUAAUUAUGGCUUUCCGCCAUGUGAUCUGACCCAGUCUGCAGCUAAACCCAGAAAGUUUUGUCAAGAUGAUUGCCUCGUUUUGAAGAAUGACAUUUGCAAGAGAGAUUUCAAGAACGCCUUAAGAUUUCCUCUAGUUUCCAGGCUCCUGCCGGAUUGUGACAGUAUGCCAGCUAAGGGACAGCCUGGGUACAAGAGUUGUAUAAGAGUAGUACCUCAGGUUCCUAAGUUCAAAGUGCGCCUGGAUCACAACAUCACUAUGUUCCAAAACAAGCCUGUCAUCUUUAAAUGCCGUUUGAACAGUAAGAAAAUACAGGUCAACAUCACGUGGUUCAAAGACGAACGGCCUGUCAAUCGGAUGUUUCCAUCUUACAAGGUGACCAGUUACCGCUGGGGAUCAAAGCUUAAGAUUCGGCGAGCAAAAACGAAGGAUGCUGGGAUAUUUGAAUGUCGGGCCAAAGGCCCCGGAGGAAUAGUCACUGCGCGGGCGUGGUUGAAAAUUAACGGACAACUAAACACUCCUCCUCUUCCAGUUAUAGAGGAGAAGCAUUCGACCUCCCAGUAUGAAGAAGACAAUGAUCCAGACACAACAACACCCAAGUCGCUUCCUCCAUUCCCGGGCAUGUGUGAGAAAUACCGCGGCAAGGCCUGUGCACAGUUUAUUGGUAAUCAAAGUAUCUGGGUUGAAUAUCCAUCAGGUUAUCAGCGACGCGUUGAAGAUCAGUUGUCAAGAGCUCUGAGACUUAUACAAGCAACUAAGCAGAUGUCUGAUAGGUGCAGUGAAUAUGGCAUUCCUGCGUUAUGUUUUCACGGCUUCCCAACUUGCGAUACGUUAACUCAGAACUUCAAACAUCGGUUGUGCCGCGAAGACUGCUUUGCUUUGUUUAAGGACAUCUGUUUAACGGAACUUCAGUUCGCGAUGAGUAUUUCUCAGCUCAGAGUUCUGCUUCCAAACUGUUCCGCUCUUCCAAAGCGUGAUGACAAAGAUUAUUCCUAUUGCACUUCGCUUAAUAUUCCAGGUUUGGCUCAUAAUUCACCAACCAGUCCUCCUCAUCCCUUUAUUCAAGACGAUUCUUGCUACAAUGGUACUGGUGAAACAUACUCAGGCUCAAGGAACGUCACGAAGUCCGGGCGCCCCUGCCGCGUGUGGCAUCCUUUGAACACCUCAAGUCAUAACUACUGCCGCAACCCUGGAGGACUUGAAGCACAACCAUGGUGUCAUGUUGGACCGGAAUACGAUGUGGAAUAUUGUGACAUCAAAAAGUGCUCUUCGUUGAACGCUGCUGUGGAGACAGCCCCUAAACAUGGCCAUAGAGGGGCUGGCUCGGUCGCUCGCACCAAUUACGUCAUUUCCGCCAUUAUGGCCGUUUUGAUUGUGGCAUUCAUUACAAUCAUUGUGUACCUAAAAAUACAGCAGCGUAAGACUGCACUUGCAGAUAGCGACCAUGCCUCCUCUGGCUCCAUCUCUAAGAGUACCCAGAGUACAUUGCAGCAGCAGAAUUUUGAUCUGAAGCAAAGCAUCAGUGAGAUCAAGUCAUGUGUCUUCCAUCAGCAAGAUCAAAAGUUACACAAUGGCAAGGUGAAUUUUCUUGAGGGUCUGGGUGAGGGUAUGUUUGUCAAGGUGUGCAGGGGAUUGCUGAUAACAGAUGACACGGACGACACCGGUGUAGAAAUUGCCAUCAAGCGGCUCAAAGCCGACGUACCAGAAGCUGCCAUAGAGAACUUUAUGAAGGACACGAACAUCCUGGCCAAUCUUCAGGACAUAAACAUUCUCUGUAUGUUUGGAUUGUCUAAAGACGAAGAUCCACACUUCAUGAUGUUCGAGUAUUUUGGUGACAUGGAUCUGUAUCGAUUCUUAGUGGACAACGCAUCCAAGUUAUCGGGGUUGAUACCAUCUGAUAUCUCUGAGUACGAUCUGUUACUGGACUUUUCGUUGCAAAUUGCGUCUGGUAUGGACUUCCUCGUCGAGAAUCAUUUCGUUCACCGAGAUCUUGCUGCCAGGAACUGUUACGUCACCGCAGACAACAUAAUAAAAAUCUCAAACCUUGGAAUCGGCAGCCACAAGUACCCCUCGGAUUACUCUUGGGUGCACAGUAGCGCUUUACUUCCGGUACGGUGGAUGGCACCGGAAGCGCUCAACACGUUGAAGUUUAAUCAUAUGACGGACGUUUGGUCUUACGGGGUUUUAUUGUGGGAAGUAUAUACCUUCGGAUGCCAGCCGUUCACCGGUUUUACUAAUCAAGAGGCUAUUGAGCGAAUACGGAAUCUGGAAUUACUCUCUUGCCCAGACCACUGCCCUGCCCGAAUGUUCGGGCUGAUGCGGGAGUGUUGGGACGAAAACCCAUCAGAUAGAUCCCCCUUUUCCGAGAUUUGUUCCCGUCUCCGAGAGUGGGCUGGUGAUUCGAUUGCAGAAAGCCGUUAGUCCCAGGAACGCGCAUUAUUUCCCAUAUUACAGCGAAGACAGGUUGGUCAAAAACUAGCCACCUGCCGUCCAACAAAUCGCUGGUAGAAUGUCGACAUGGAGAACCUGGAGUACUGGGUCAAAAAAAAAAAGGGUGAAGUUAUGUGAUGAUUUCCUUUUUCUGCAGUGAGUAAGUUGAAUCACUGACUUCAAAAGACGCAAAUGUACCCAACAGUUACUUUAACUGAUGAAAGUAGAGCAAUUUGCUUUGCAGCGUAAUUAUAUAUCCUUCAGUAAGGAGAGAAUUAUUGACUUCAAACGUUUAGUUUGCAUGGAAUUCAUUUAGGAUCAAUGAAAAUAUUAUAAGUCUUAUUUGCAGUUACCGUUAUUUCGGUUGUCACGCAAUCUUCACUUUCCUAGACGGAUUGCGUGACAACCCAACAGCCAUCCCAAGUUUGUGAAUAACUUCAUCUCAGGGGAAAAAGCCUUUAUUCGCGCUUAUUUUCCAAGGUAUAUUAUUUAUGCUAUUAUAAACUUAUGUCCACCCUUGGCUGAGGGGGCAUUUUAUUUUAACUUAAGAGUACCAAAGUAGACAAAAUUCACCUUAUUUGGAAACGUUUUGAGCUGGAGACCGAGUGUACAUAAUUAAGAGGAACAUAACCGUUAUGACAUUAGAUGCGUAGUGUGUGAGUUCUGAUCUUUUAUACGUCAAAUGAGUAACAUGAAUCUCUCGAGACAUCUUUUUCCACAAAAGAGUUCACUGCAACAAUGAAUGAAUUUUCAAAAAUCGCUGUCGUUGUUGUUUUCUCCUUUUUUUUAAAUCAGUUUUAUCUGUUACUACGGACAAUGAAAAACUACAUUUCUUACACUAUGCGUCAAUAACUGAAAAAUGACAAGCAGAACCAAGGUGUUACGAAAAUGUUUUUUUUUCUAUGACUAAUGGUAUUAUUAAUACCGACCUAACGGAUGAUAAUAUAAUUCGAUUUAUGACUCAUUUGGCCUAUAAAUUAUUUGAUUUUGUAGCUUGAUCGCUUAUAAGCUCUGUGAUAAUAAAGCAUGUUAAAAUCUUAGAUCAACGAAUCAGGAUAAAUGUAUAGCGAAUUCGUGAUUUAUGAACACGAAUGUAAGAUCAAUUAAGUACUUUUAAAGGUUACCGACAUUUUAGAAGUAUUACUAUUACUGUAUCAUAUUUUGUUGUAUUUAAUUCCAAGAAAAGUUUACUUUUUCAGAAUUUUCAGUAACUGGUGGCUGUUAGGCGUUUCUUGUUUUACGCGUUCAGAAUUUUUAUCCGUUUCUUGCUGAUAGUCUUGCGUGUGGAAAUGAAAAAUAAGAGCGCAUUUCUAAAAGCAAAAUUAAUUUUAGCCUCUAAAUAUGCUAGUUCAUCCUGAGCAUUUUCCAAUGAUCGCCAUGAGACAAUUAGUGUGAUCAUAUAUGAAUAGAACAGUUAUGAUGGCUGUACGGGUAGUGUAAUGGUUCUCGCGUGACUUGGACGAGUGGCUCUUUGGCUGGUACAGAGAGUCACGCCACGAAAAGAGAAACCAGCUGAGUAAAAAUUUUGACGAAGAAUGAAAUAACUGUCGACGUUCUUGCCAAUUCUUCAACCCUUUAUACCCUGACAUCAGUCUCCAUAUUCUCUAUAUAUCAGUAUCGAUAUUCUCCAUACAAUUCUUUUUGUACUGGUAAGGAGAAUUAGUAUUACAAACAAAUCUUCUCAGGUUGAUGGUCAUUUCCUUUAUUCUCAAUCAUCUAAAUGAAUGAUUCAGCCUUUCUACAGUAAGGGGAAAUAAGAUGCUGGUCACAGGGUUUAUAGAGUUCAUGAAACCUCUACAUUUGUAGAACGGUGCGCAUGCCGGGCAGGAUGUAUAUCUGUUUUCAUACAUAUUAUAAAUAAAGCAAUUAAAACACA